CAGCUGAAAUAUCGGCCAUGUCUCUAUGAAUAUCAUUAUAAUUUGUCAUUAGUGACGUAGCCACAUUUUUCGAAUACAAAUACAUCUGCUUUCACUUCCGGUUAUGCUCAUUUGGGACAUAGUAUAUUAUCAGUAAUAAUGGCUAUUUUAACAUUUUUGAUCAAAAGUUGUGAAAACAAGCGUGUAUGCUUUCUUUGCCCCGGCCGGCCCCGUGAUUUACACAAUUUUAAUACCUCAUUAAGUCAUCAAAACAUCGAAGAGAAUUAUUCAUGAGUUGUUUAUAACACAUUAAAGAGUGUUGUAUGGCCAGUAACAGCACAAGGGAUGGAAAAUGUAGCAUUAGGCACCAACUAUAGCUAUUAUACUAAUGCAGUUGCACAUGUGUACAUAUGUUAUUGUGACAGUUCCUUUAUUAUAGGGUAUAUCUUGAUGUGUGUGUUUCUCUUAUGCAUCAAGAUAUGAGAUUACUGAUAUGGCAUAACGGAUCUCAUGAUGGUACUAUAUACUACCAAUAAAUAUCAGUGAAGAGUUAAUGGAGAGAUGUCUUUAUACUGGUACAUGUACACCACCUGAUCUUGUCAUUAGAACAUCAGGAGAAGUGAGAUUAAGUGACUUCCUUACAUGGCAGAGCUCUUAUUUUUGUCUCUGUUUUCAAAAUGUGUUGUGGCUGGAGUUUUCCAUUUGGAAUUUAUUCUCUUCAAUAUUAACAUACCAACAGAAUUACAGUAGUAUAAAGGUAGCAAGAGACUACAUGUACAUUGAGAGGAAGGACAAGCAGUAUAAAUCAGACAGAGACUGUGCAUUAGUACAAUAUUAUAAAGAAAGAGGAGGAGGAGGAGGUGAAGGUGAACUAUCUGAAGCAGUACUAGAAGAACUUAUUAGUCAUUAUGCUGCUGAGAGACAGAAAAGAACUGAACUAUUUGUACAAUCAUUGAUCAAGAAAAUAAAUAACUAUCUGGAAACAGUAAUUGAACAAUAAUUGUCAUAAUUAUGAUUAUACUGCAAAUGAUUAUCCGGUUUAUAAUAUAACAGCCAAUAUGGUGAAGUUAUGUCAAGACAGCAUUUGCUUUUAAUUCGA